AUGGCCGGCGCGGGGGCCGGCGCGGGGGAGCGUCUGACUGACCCCUCUGAUGGUCUGACUGACCUCUCUGAUGGUCUGACUGACCUCCCUGAUGAUCUGACUGACCCCUCUCUGUGUUGCUGUUCUCUCAGGGUUCCCGGAGUUCCCCCACGGCCCCCACCGGCUGCUGCAGUGUUGACCGGUGACGAGCCGCCCCCCUACUCCCCUGUCACCAGCCCCGAGAGCGGCAGCAGCCCGGUGAUCAGCUGCCGCGUGUGUCAGUCGCUAAUCAAUGUGGAGGGCAAGAUGCAACAGCACGUGGUCAAGUGUGGGGUCUGUAACGAGGCGACGCCGAUAAAGAACGCCCCGGUGGGGAAGAAGUACGUGCGAUGUCCGUGUAACUGUCUCCUCCUCAUCUGUAAAGUCACAUCGCAGAGAAUCGCCUGUCCUCGCCCCUACUGUAAGCGGAUCAUCACACUGGGCUCGGUCCGUGCGGGACGGAACAGUCCGGAGCCGGAGCCGCAGCCGCCUGGAGCCCCCGUCACCUGUGGCCACUGCACCCACACAUUCCUGUGGAGAGAGUUCACGGACCGGACCCUCGCUCGAUGUCCCCACUGUCGGCGAGUGUGAUCGUCGAUUGCGCGGUAUCCACGGAAACGCUGCGUGUGGAUCCUCAGCCUGGGGAUGUUGCUCCUCAUUGUCACGGCCGUGGUGGUGGCUACAACAUGGCAGCCAGCGCAACAUCACCACGGCAUCUACAGUGCGUGGGCAGUGACGGGCACCCUCAGCCUCUGCUGCCUGGCCCGCGCCUGCUACUGGGGGUGUAUGAGGGUCAGUCACCCCAUACAGAGCUUCUCCUGACCCCCAACCCCCGACCUGGCCAUGGAGCCCGCACACUCGAGGGUCAGGACCCCUGACCUCCCUUGGGACCAGGUCACGACCAUGACCUCACCCCUGAACCCCCUCUGGACCAGCUGCUGACCCCUGACCCACUGAGGACAAGUCGUGACCCCUCACUUGAGACGGCCUCUCCUCACUGAGGGAGCGGAAACGAUGCAACUUCCACGACCCGUCACCCUCGUGACCUCCGCACUCCCGUGACCCUCACCCUCCCCGUGACCUCUUACCCUCGCGACCCCCACUCGUGACCCCUCACCCCCAUGACCUCAACCUCCCCAUGACCCCCCGACUUCCCUGUGACCCCUCACCCUCGUGACCCCCACACUCCUCGUAACCCAAUCCCUCCUCUCUGUCACCAUAGACCCCCGCCUCUCUCUGGUUUGUGGGGAGUGUGUGUGAGACUGGUGGUGGG